AUGGACGUACGUGCCGAGACGACAGACAAGGCGCUCGUGGACGCGACUUGUUCGACCAGGCCAUGGCCGCCGCGCCAUCCUCCGCUACCUGACCCCAAACCCGUGCCUUCCACGAAGCUGCACCAGGACUGCCAGCCUCUUCGGGUAGGCGUGCCGUAUGACACCCUUAUUGAACUCGCCGUAAGACGCGGCGACGCGGUUGGUUACGGCGUCGACGACCUAGUUCUGGGCGACCGCGACGGCUUGGUCUCGGACGCGUCUUUGUCUACACGACCUAGUACCCCCGACUGUCUGGACGGGCUAGGCGAGGCCAACGACGAUAGCUGGCGCGCAAGCAGGCUCGUGCAUGCGCGCGAGAUCGUACGCGAGGUUGUGCUUGGCAGGGAGAUAGAUGAGGAGGAUGAAGCUGAGGACAGGCGCGAUGCGGGAGCAAGCAAGGAUGGAGACGCCGUUCUAGGGAAGAGGAAGAGAGGGGGCGGCGGUAAGAAGGGUGGCGUGGGCAAGGUGGCGUCGCACAACAACGGGCAGACGAACCGACCGGGCACCAAGCGCUCGUCACAGGCCGGAUCGAAACGACGCAAGAAGGAGAAAGCUGCGCGCGAGCGCGAGCGCACGAGGAACCGGCCGUACGACCGCAGCCGCGACCCAAAAUUCUAUCGCAAGCACCACUCGGUCUUCAUUAUAUCCCUGGACACGCUCAACAUAGUGUACGAGGCGACGGCGACUGGGUACACGGCAAAAGGGCCGAAGUUGAAGAUACGGGGACGCUUGUGGACGGGCGCAGACCUUCGUAGGGCCGAGUAUGAACACUGGGCGUGGGAUGGAGAGGAGAGCAUGGCGGUGAUUGACUGUAACGAUGUGGUCGGUGCGGUGUUGUGGGCGGGCCCAAAGGACAAGCAUCGACCCGAGCAAGAACAAUUCGACGCAGCCGGCGAACGAGCAGCGCAGGCUAUCGAGUGCAAUCGCAAGUCGUAUCCUCGUGCAUGGAGGAAGCCGCUUGGAAAGCCCCGCGGAGAUUUUGUCUCCCUCGCUGCCGGCGUCAACUACAACUAUACGGACAAGCGUCCGAAGAAUCUCAGCUUGAGCGAAGAGCAGCGCGCGGCUGUGGAUGAUCUGCUGGGUAAUGCAGACAUUCGCCGCAUCAUGGGCCACAUGGACGGUGCGCCGCUGCCUCUCCGCGCUCGUCUUGCGCCGGCUAACAUAAACUUAGCUGGCUUCGCUUAUUUUUUCCCCAAGGCGCACGAACACGCCUGCGAUCGUAUGCGCCAGCUGCACCAGCUGUUACCGGACCUAAUCUUCCCCAGCGAUCUCGCAGUCUGGCCUACCGUCACGUUCAAUGGCGGCCCGCAGACGGCGACGUUCGAGCACGCCGACGUACUGAACCAACCCGGCGUACCUUGCGGCGUGCACUGUCUCGGGAGCUGGAACGCAAAGAAGUCGGCGCGCUUUAUUAUGCACGACUUCUCCCUCUACGUGGACUUCCCGCCCAAUAGGUCCAUCAUAGUUUCCUCCGCAGGCGUUCGCCACAGCAAUACGGCGCUGGAAGCGGGAGACAGGCGUUACAGCAUCGCCAUGUACAUGAGCGGAGCGCUGAUGCGAUACGCGGCCUACGGAGGCAACGUGGGCGGGAUCCCGAAAGAGGAGCGCGCAGGUAGAGACGACGAGCUGGGUGAGACGUGGGCCCAUCAGUACGCUCGUCUGUCGAACUUCUGGGACUUGGAGGAAGACAGAGAGCAAGUCUGGAAGCGCGCCAAGGCGCGAUCGUGCUAG